AUGUGUGAUCAUGGUUCUAGCCUUUUUAAGGUGAAGUACAUGAUGCUUCUCUCACAAUUCUUCACUUUGAUAUGGCGUUGGUGGAGGCUCCUCAUGCCUUCUUGUGUAUGUAUUACUCAUGGCCUAAGUGAACAAUCCAGACCUUUCAACAUCAAACUUGUCUAUGGCCUUUCUAUUCUUCUUCCCCCACCGAAUUCCCCAUCCAAUAAUAUGAAGCUUGGUGUAAAUGUAAACUACACGUAUCAGGAUCUAUGCAGGGAAGGAGACGUACUUUUCAACUCCUCAAAAGGAGAAAUCCCAAGUUUUACUCGCAAUGACUUAAAACAAGAAAAAUUAAAGGAAUCUGGUGUGUUUUGGAAAGAAGAAAAGGGUGGUCAUUCAUGUAUGAAUGUGGGGAAUGGUCUUAUAUCUAUUAGAAUCUUAGGUGAGCUAUCAAUUCUGGACGACAAUUCUAGGGUUGUGGUGCUGAAAAGAGAUGUGGCCAACACUUCAUCUUCAGUGAUCACAAACGUAAGAUAUGGGGAGUGUCAGAAGAAUCAUGCAGCCAAUAUUGGAGGGUAUGCCGUGGAUGGUUGCAGGGAGUUCAUGGCUAGUACAGGGGAUGGAGGUGGUGGGGCUCUUACAUGUGCUGCUUGUGGCUGCCACAGGAACUUUCACAGAAGGGAAGUGCAAACUGAGGUAGUAUGUGAGUACUCUCCUCCUAAUUCCGCUCGCUAA